UAAAUAUAAAUAAUAAUAAUAAUAAUAUUAAAAUGGAUGGUGCAAAUAAAAAAAUUAAAACAAAGUUUUUUGUUUCAAUAGAUGGUGGCGGUAUCAAGGGACUAAUGUCAAUUCAAAUAAUUGAAGAAAUAGAGAGACAGUUAGAAAUUAAUAUUUCUGAUGCUGAUUUAAUUGGUGGAACAUCAGCAGGUGGUAUCAUUGCAUUCAGUAAAAUGAAUGAUAUUUCUUCAAGUGAAAUUGCAGACCUAUACAAAAGUAUUGGUAAGAAUGUAUUGAAAUUCAAUUGUAGUAAUAUUACCGAGUCACAGUCAUUAUCAAAUACUCAGUUUUUGAUUACAGAGCUAGAAAGGUUAUUUGGAAGAAAAAACCUCAGUGAAUUUGCACAACAUAGAAAGGGUCUUGUAGUUUCUUGCCUAAGUCCAACACCCGUUCCUAUUGAUUAUCAAAGUUUUAUUUUGUCAAAUUAUAACAACCCACAUAGAGAGUACUCAGAGCCCAAACAAAUGAUCGAUAUUUCAGUAUCGGAUGCCAUUAGAGCCACUGCAGGUAUACCACUUUUAUUUAAUGUUCCACGUUAUAAAGGAAGAAAUUUCUUGGAUGGUGGUUAUCAAAAUAAUAACCCAACAAAGAUUGUUUAUCAAGAGGCAGUAUCUUUAUUCGGGGGUGCACAUGCUGAAGAUUCUUUCGUUUUUAUUUCAAUUGGGGCAGGAAAGCAAGUAAAGAGUUUUGGAAAUCAUGUUGUGUCUGGAAUUAAGAUGCCUUUUGAAUUUGUAAACAAUACCGUUGUUCCUGGAUUAACUGGGGUAGAACUAUCCUCACCAAUCCACAGAAUUGUUAAAUUUAUGACCGUUGCAAGUGAUGAAACCCAUCAAGAUUUUAAGAAAUCAUAUAGCCACUUAAAGUAUUUUAGAUUUGACCCAAUUAUUGACCGUUCUAUCGCAGUAAAUGAUGCUUCUGAUGAAACCAUUGAAUAUAUGCACCAAAAAACACAAGAAUAUAUCAAAUCAUCAGAAUUUAAUGAAAUGAUUAGCCAACUCAAAAUAUUAAUGAAAUAAUUAAAACAAAAUAAGAAAUUUUUAAUAAUAUAUCAAUUUAUUUAUAAAAUUAAUUUAAAGGUUAAUAUUGGAAAGUACACCCAUAGAAAAAAAAAAAAAGAAAAAGUAAAUUCAAAUUUUGUUGGAUAUAAAACAAAAAUUUUUUCUUUGGUUAU